CACGGCGGCAGCGGCUGCUGCAGAGGUGCAGGUGGAGGCGACCAGCGGCGUCCGAGGCGGUUAGGACAGUGCCUGGCGGUCGGAGCUCUGUUUAAUCUAGAGACUGACUGUAUGAUAGAAACACCCACACUUUUAUCAAUGGUCGGGGAAAGACAGUGGCAACAGGCGAAGAGAGACUGAAUCACAAAGACAAUGAGUCUGCUGAAGCCAAGCGGGCUGAAGGCCCCUACCAAGAUCCUCAAGCCGGGAAGCACAGCCCUGAAGACACCUGCUGCUGCUGCAGCCCCGGUAGAAAAAAUGAUAUCUAGUGAAAGAGCCUCGAGCGCUCCCUCCACUGAGACCCCAGAGGAGUUUGUGGAUGACUUUCGAGUUGGAGAGCGUGUUUGGGUGAAUGGGAAUAAGCCUGGAUUCAUCCAGUUUCUUGGAGAGACUCAGUUUGCCCCAGGCCAGUGGGCUGGGAUCGUUUUAGAUGAACCCAUUGGCAAGAACGAUGGUUCUGUGGCAGGAGUUCGGUAUUUCCAGUGUGAACCUUUAAAAGGCAUCUUUACCCGACCUUCAAAGUUAACCAGGAAGGUGCAGACAGAGGACGAAGCCAAUGGCCUGCAGACAGCUCAGGCAUCCAGAGCCGCUUCACCUCUGUCCACGUCUGUAGCCAACAUGGUGUCCUCCUCAGCCACACCCUCAAACAUUCCCCAUAAGUCUUCCCAGCCAAGAGCCAAGGAACCGCCAGCCACGCCUCAGAUCAGCAACCUUACGAAAACUGCCAGCGAGUCGAUCUCCAACCUUUCUGAGGCUGGCUCAGUCAAGAAAGGAGAGCGAGAGCUCAAAAUUGGAGACCGAGUGUUGGUUGGUGGCACCAAGGCUGGUGUUGUCCGGUUUCUUGGGGAGACUGACUUUGCCAAGGGGGAAUGGUGUGGUGUGGAGCUGGACGAACCUCUUGGGAAGAACGAUGGUGCCGUCGCUGGAACAAGGUAUUUUCAGUGUCAACCCAAAUAUGGCUUGUUUGCUCCGGUCCACAAAGUGACCAAGAUUGGCUUCCCUUCCACUACACCAGCCAAAGCCAAGGCUGCCGCAGUGAGGCGCGUAAUGGCCACCACGUCUGCCAGCCUGAAGCGCAGCCCGUCCGCCUCCUCCCUCAGCUCCAUGAGCUCCGUGGCCUCCUCUGUGAGCAGCAAGCCCAGUCGGACAGGACUAUUGACUGAAACCUCCUCCCGCUACGCCCGCAAGAUCUCGGGCACCACUGCCCUCCAGGAGGCGCUGAAGGAGAAGCAGCAGCACAUUGAGCAGCUGCUGGCUGAGCGGGACCUGGAGCGGGCCGAGGUGGCCAAGGCCACCAGCCACGUGGGGGAGAUAGAGCAGGAGCUAGCCCUGGCCCGGGACGGGCAUGACCAGCAUGUCCUGGAGCUGGAAGCCAAGAUGGACCAGCUGCGAACCAUGGUGGAAGCAGCCGACAGAGAGAAGGUGGAGCUUCUCAACCAACUGGAGGAGGAGAAAAGGAAGGUUGAGGACCUUCAGUUCCGGGUUGAAGAAGAAUCAAUUACCAAAGGCGAUCUUGAGCAAAAGAGCCAGAUUUCUGAAGAUCCUGAGAAUACGCAGACCAAACUGGAGCAUGCCCGCAUUAAGGAGCUUGAACAGAGCCUGCUCUUUGAAAAGACCAAAGCUGACAAACUGCAGAGGGAGUUAGAAGACACUAGGGUGGCUACAGUGUCAGAAAAGUCUCGGAUAAUGGAAUUAGAGAAAGACCUAGCGCUGAGAGCACAGGAAGUGGUUGAGCUCCGAAGAAGGCUGGAGUCCAGUAAGCCUGCUGGGGACGUGGAUAUGUCACUUUCCCUUUUGCAAGAGAUAAGCUCUUGGCAAGAAAAGUUAGAAGUCACACAGGCUGACCAUCAGAGGGAAAUAACUUCUCUGAAGGAGCACUUCGGGGUCCGGGAAGAGACAUAUCAGAAGGAGAUAAAGGCUCUGCACACAGCCACAGAGAAACUUUCCAAAGAGAAUGAGUCCUUGAGGAGCAAGCUUGACCAUGCCAACAAGGAGAAUUCAGAUGUGAUAGCUUUGUGGAAGUCCAAACUGGAGAUGGCCAUUGCGUCCCAUCAGCAGGCGAUGGAGGAACUGAAGGUGUCCUUUAGCAAAGGGGUUGGGACAGAGUCCGCUGAGUUUGCUGAAUUAAAGACGCAAAUAGAGAAACUGAGAGUAGAUUACCAGCACGAAAUAGAAAAUUUACAGAACAAACAAGACUCUGAGCGGUCUGCGCACGCUAAAGAGAUGGAAGCCCUAAGGUCUAAACUGAUGAAGAUCAUUAAGGAAAAGGAGACCAGCCUGGAAACCAUCCAGUCCAAACUGGACAGAGCAGAAGACCAGCACCUAGUAGAAAUGGAAGAAGCCUUAAACAAAUUGCAGGAAGCUGAAAUAAAGGUAAAGGAGCUAGAGGUACUGCAAACCAAAUACAGUGAACAAACCAAGGUCAUUGAUAAUUUUACAUCACAGCUAAAGGCUGCUGAAGAAAAGCUCUUGGAUCUUGAUGCACUUCGGAAAGCCAGUUCCGAAGGUAAAUUGGAUAUGGAGAAACUUAGACAGCAGCUUGAGGCAGCUGGGAAACAGAUUCAAAAUUUAGAGAUUGAAAAGAAUGCUGAAAGUGACAAGGCUAGUAGCAUUGCCAGAGAGCUCCAGGGAAAAGAGCUAAAGCUUACUAACCUUGAGGAAAAUUUGAGUGAAGUCAGUCGAGUGAAAGAGGCUUUGGAAAAAGAACUUCAUAUUUUGAAAGAAAAAUUUGCUGAUGCUUCAGAGGAGGCAGCCUCUGUCCAGAGAAGUAUGCAAGAAACUGUAAAUAAAUUGCACCAAAAGGAAGAAGAGUUUAACAUGCUGUCUUCUGAAUUGGAGAAGUUAAGAAAAAAUUUAUCAGAUAUGGAGGCGAAAUUUAGAGAACGAGAUGAAAAAGAAGAGCAGUUGAUAAAGGCAAAGGAAAAAUUGGAAAAUGACAUUGCCGAAAUAAUGAAGAUGUCAGGAGAUAAUUCUUCUCAGCUGACGAAAAUGAAUGAUGAAUUACGUCUGAAAGAAAGAUGUGUGGAAGAAUUACAGCUAAAACUUUCAAAGGCCAAUGAAAAUGCGAGUUUUCUUCAGAAAAGUAUUGGGGAAAUAACUCUUAAAGCUGAACAGAGCCAGCAGGAAGCAGCCAGAAAGCACAAGGAAGAAAGGAAAGAAUUGGAGGAAAAAUUGUUGGACCUGGAAAAGAAGGUGGAAAUGAGCCACAACCAGUGUCAGGAUCUGAAAUCCAGGUAUGAAAAGGCCAGUUCUGAGACGAAAACAAAGCAUGAAGAAAUUCUGCAGAACCUACAGAAGGUGCUGCUGGCCACGGAGGAGAAGCUGAAGGCUGCCCAGGAGGAGAACAGAGGCCUGAUGCAGGAGAUGGAGGACCUGAAAGUACAGGCUGACAAAGCCAAAGCUGCUCGGACUGCGGAAGAUGCCAUGCAGAUAAUGGAGCAGAUGACCAAGGAGAAGUCCGAGACUCUGGCCUCCCUGGAGGACACCAGGCAAACAAACGCAAAACUGCAAAGCGAAUUGGACACGCUUAAAGAAAACAACUUGAAAAAUGUGGAAGAGCUGAACAAAUCAAAAGAACUUCUGACUGUAGAGAAUCAAAAAAUGGAAGAAUUCAGGAAAGAAAUAGAAACCCUAAAGCAGGCGGCAGCUCAGAAGUCCCAGCAGCUUUCAGCACUGCAAGAAGAGAACGUCAAACUUGCCGAGGAGCUGGGGAGAAGCAGGGACGAAGUCACAAGUCAUCAAAAGCUGGAAGAAGAACGAUCUGUGCUCAAUAAUCAGUUAUUAGAAAUGAAAAAGAGAGAAUCCAAGUACAUAAAAGAGACAGAUGAAGAGAAAGCUUCCUUACAGAAAUCCAUCAGUAUUACUAGUGCUUUACUCACAGAGAAGGAUGCAGAACUGGAAAAGCUGAGGAAUGAGGUCACAGUGCUCAGGGGAGAAAACGCUUCUGCCAAGUCCCUGCAUUCGGUUGUUCAGACUCUAGAGUCUGAUAAGGUGAAGCUCGAGCUCAAGGUAAAGAACUUGGAGCUUCAACUCAAAGAAAACAAGAGGCAGCUCGGCAGCUCCUCAGGUAAUACUGACACUCAGGCAGAAGAGGACGAGAGAGCCCAGGAGAGUCAGCAAAUGAUUGACUUCCUAAAUUCAGUAAUAGUGGACCUUCAAAGAAAGAAUCAAGACCUCAAAAUGAAGGUGGAGAUGAUGUCAGAAGCAGCUCUUAAUGGCAAUGGGGAUGACCUGAACACCUAUGACAGCGAUGACCAGGAGAAACAGACCAAGAAAAAGCCCCGCCUCUUCUGUGAUAUCUGUGACUGCUUCGAUCUCCAUGACACAGAGGACUGUCCCACCCAGGCACAGAUGUCCGAGGACCCACCCCAUUCCACACAUCAUGGCAGUCGGAGUGAGGAGCGGCCUUACUGUGAGAUCUGUGAGAUGUUUGGGCACUGGGCGACCAACUGCAAUGAUGACGAGACCUUCUGAUGUGGUAGCGUGCAGCACGGGCCCUCAGAGGCACUCGCAUCUCAGCAACUGAACACCAGCACUGCGUGCGCAGACUUCAGGAGAACUCAUGUUAUUUUUGACCCCUGUCAAGAAAUCUAAGAAAAUAUUUUGGUCUUCAACAAAUCAUCUUUUAGUCUCCCCUUAUAAGUUAGAAUAAUAAAUAUUAGUAGGUGAGAGUUCACCUCUAAUUUUGUUUUCCUGAUUUUUCAGUUUUAAGACUGCACCAGAUGCCAUUACAUUUAUUGUUCUACAGAGACCUCUAGAACAAGCCCUUCCCUUACCUUAUUUAAGAAACUUUAAAUUAUGCUGUUACUCUUCAUAUUUGCACUAAAUAUUUCUGGGCUGCAUUUGUAUAUUUAGGUUUUUGGUUUUUGGGGGGUUUUUUUUGGUUAAGCAUUGACACUGGAAUGAGUUGCAAAAGAUACCAUUUUGCAUUUUCAUUUACUCUAAAUUUAAAAGUAUUUUAUAAUAUCUGAGCUCUUUGCACUACCUGUUGUCAGUAGUGCCUUUUUUUGUAGGCUGGACAAUACUGGGUGUGAUUAUAAAUCAUGAAACAGGUAGAAGGGAGGGGAAAGCCCCCAAACUGCUGUGGGGACAUUUUAUAAUCUAUAUGCUGCAUCCACUUACUCAACUGUGGUGUUUUCUUUCUUGGUUUUACAUAAUUUUUUGCUUAUAUAUAUAUAUAUAUCAUAUGUAUAUAUUUUUCAAAAAAAAUCUAUAUUUUGGGGAAAAACAAAAUGUUUUUCUGUUCAGAUUUUUACCUUUAUGAAAAAUAAAACACUUGUAAAAUCAUCAGGAUGUAACAGACUAGGCCAAAAAUAGCAUCUUGCAGCUUCACAGUUAUUUUAUCUUCUGUUUCCAUUUUGGUUCUUUACCAGAUCUAAAUAGAUGAAAGAAUUUCCUGUAAUUAUUUUUUCUUCUCUAGCAAACAUCCCCAGCAGUGAAUUAUCAAGCCACUGUAAAAUGCCUAAAUUAACCAAUCUACAGUCUUCCUUUACAAGAUUUUUAACUAUUCUUAGAUGAAUGUACGAUGAGAAAUUCAACAUUAAUAAUUUUGAAUUUUCUUAUCACAAAAUAAUAAAGUGAAGGACCUCAACCUCCAGAAUAGUUUAUCAACCAGUCUGAAUAUAUUUAUCUUCAUUUGAAUGUCUUCUAGAAUAUGUAAAAUGUAAUAAAAUGUAUCUUCCAUGCUACAUGUAUAAUAAGAAAUUCUAUAAUUGUAUAUAUGCCUUUGAUGUAUUUUCCCCUAAGAUUAUCAAUUGUGUUUGACAAGUGAAUAUUAAAUGUUACCAGUGGAAAUUUUUGGUUAAUAUAAUAGGAAUUGUUUCACAAAAAGAAAACAUGUAAAGCAGUAUUAAAAUUUGAGCAUACAAGU